GGCACCACGGCCGCCAUUAAAGAAAGGAAUCUGUAAAUUCAAAUGGGAAAGCUGCCCCGACAUUGAUCCGAUUAUUUAUUAUUGCUUAUUAAUCCGUAUCGCCCGGGAAUUUCCUGAGAGCAGGCGGUGGGGCGAGGAUAUCGCCAUUCUCAGCAGCGACAACUACUUGUGUGCGCGCAGGAGCACAGAUUCGGGGAGGAGGAGGAGGAGGAGAGGAAAAUGGCGAACCUGUGAGAAAAGAAGCCGAGAAGCACCCGGGGACUGUUGGUGGCCGGCGGGGAGCGGACUCAGCGCUUUCCUUUGUGUCCUGCGCUACACCAGGCGGAGGCCUAGCGUCUCCCAGCGCUCCGGUGACCGGGCGGUUCCCGCCAUGCACUGCGCCCCGAGCAGGGGGACCAGCGGCGGGGGAGGGAGGACUGAGACACCGCCCGGAUACCGGCGCUUGUAAGGACGGAUCGUGCUCAUUGUGCGGACAUUAGAUUUCUCGUCUGGUCUGUGGAGCCGGCUGAUCGGGGGCUGGCCUGUGACCGAGGCGAGGAUGGAGUGCUAGCGGUGCCGGGAGCUGACCGUGUGCGCCCGCUGCUCCUGCGUCUCUAUCUAAUGGCGUGCGGGCCCUGGCUGUGAGGAUGAGUUCAUGUUUUGUGCCGAACGGGGCCAGUCUGGAGGAUUGCCACUCCAACCUCUUCUGUCUGGCCGACCUAACGGGGAUCAAAUGGAAGCAGUACGUGUGGCAGGGCCCUAACUCUGCCCCCAUCCUCUUCCCGGUGACAGAAGAGGAUCCCAUACUGAGCAGCUUCAGUCGCUGUCUCAAGGCCGAUGUGCUGAGCGUGUGGCGUCGAGACCAGCGUCCUGGCCGCAGAGAACUGUGGAUAUUCUGGUGGGGGGAUGAUCCCAAUUUUUCUGACCUAAUUCAUCACGACUUGACAGUGGAGGAAGAUGGCAGCUGGGAUAAUGGUCUCUCCUAUGAUUGUCGUACCCUACUAUUCAAGGCUAUCCAUAACCUGCUGGAGCGAUGUUUAAUGAACCGAAAUUUUGUGCGCAUAGGGAAGUGGUUUGUAAAGCCAUAUGAGAAAGAUGAGAAGCCAGUUAAUAAAAGUGAGCAUUUGUCCUGCUCAUUCACCUUCUUUCUUCAUGGAGACAGCAAUGUUUGCACAAGUGUAGAAAUUAACCAGCACCAACCAGUGUACCUUCUUAGUGAGGAGCACCUUAACCUAGCCCAGCAGUCAAGUAGCCCGUUUCAAGUUAUCUUGAGCCCAUUUGGAUUAAAUGGAACCCUCACAGGGCAGUCAUUCAAAAUGUCUGAUUCUUCUACUAAGAAAUUAAUAGGAGAAUGGAAACAGUUCUAUCCCAUUUCAUCCAAUAUAAAAGAGUGCCCUGAGGAAAAGCAAGAGGAGAUGGAUUGGGAGGAUGAUUCACUGGCAGCUGUAGAAGUUCUAGUUGCUGGUGUUCGAAUGGUCUACCCAGCUUGCUUAGUGCUUGUCCCGCAGUCAGACAUCCCUACAGUUAGUUCAUCUGGAUCCACUCAUUGCUCAAAUACAUGUUUAGGUGUUCAAGUGCCUGCUUCUUCCCGAGAUCCAGCCAUGUCUUCAGUAACUCUGACACCACCAACAUCCCCUGAAGAAGUUCAAACAGUUGAUGUCCAUUCUGCACAGAAGUGGAUGAAGUUUCCAUCCGUGUCCGAUUGUUUUAAUUCGGAUAGCACUAGUCAUCAUGGUGGUAAAAUCCCAAGGAAGUUUGCUAACCAAGUGGUAGACAGAGUUUGGCAAGAAUGCAACAUGAACAGAUCCCAGAACAAAAGGAAGUUCUCUGCUACAUCCAAUGGAGUGUGUGAAGAGGAGACAUCUGACAAAGCCACAACCUGGGAUUUUGUAGAAGCCACACAAAGAACAACCUGUGUCUGUUCAAGGCACAAAAAUCUGAAGCAGAGAAAUUCAAGUCAGCCAGGUCAGGUGACACCUGCAGGGCCCCAGCAGCAAGCGGCUCAAAAGCACAAGACUAAUGAAAAGCAGGAAAAAAGUGACAAACCUCAGAAGCGUCCACUUACACCUUUUCAUCAUCGUAUAUCUGUUUGUGAUGAUGUCAACAUGGAAACAGAUACUACCAGCCAGAGACUUGGAAUUCGCUCCCAAGAUAGUCGAGGGCGUUUCUCAAAUAUCCGGCCAAAUGAUGUAGCAAAAACUCCGCAACUACAUGGCAAUGAGAUGAGUAAUUCGCCUCCACCUCCUCCAUUGAGUCCCCAUCCUUGUGAGGUCUUAGAUGAUGGUGGUGAAAGCAUAAAAAAUCCACAAACGCCUCAAAGUCAGCAUUUCUAUCAGAUGCCUACUCCGGAUCCUUUAAUUCCUGCUAAAGCAAUAGAUGAACGAAUAGACUGCUUGUCUCACUUUGCUCCCUCUUUUACUGAAGUCCUUGAACCAACAGUUUAUGUUGGCACAGCAGUUCACUUGGACGAAGGUGAAACUGACAAUACGUGGAAGUAUUACAAGGUCCCAAAGAAAAAGGAAUCUGACUUUCUCCCGCCAUCACUUCCAAAUGAUAAAGUAAGAGAUGACGGCUUUGGUCCACCUGGGAAAGAAAAUUGUUCUGUGACAGAGUUACUAGUGCACUGUAAUAAGCCAUUGAAAAUUUCAGAAGAGUUGCUCCUAAAAUAUCAAAGCAAGAACCAAUAUAUCCCAACAGCUAUAUUGGACAGCGAUCAAGAACCUGAUCCCUAUGCGUUUGUGGAAGGUGAUGUGGAAUUUGUAUUCUCAGAUGCCAAAAAGGAAAGACAAGUCAAUGAAAGAGAAGUUGGGAAAAAACAUAAGGCAGAUGAUGGGAUGUCGAGUGGUUUAGCCCAAGAAGGUGAAGAUGCAAUGUCAUUAUUCAGCCCAUCAGUCAAACAAGAUCCUCAGAGAUCAGCAGCUCAUGCCCGCACAGCCUCAACCAGCCUCUUCCAUGAAACUGACCUUGUGGUGUCCUACACUGACUUAGAUAACCUUUUUAACUCUGAUGAAGAUGAGCUCACGCCCGGAUCAAAAAGGAACCUUCACCACGAUGACAAGAGCAAUAACAAGGAGUCAAAAUCUGGAAAUUUGGACCCUUUGUCGUGCAUAAGUACAGUUGAUCUUCAUAAAAUGUACCCCACGCCCCCAUCUUUGGAACAGCACUUGGGCUUCUCGCCUAUGAAUAUGAACAGCAAAGAUUAUGGCAACAUAGACACUACACCAGGAGGAACAACACUUGAUGGGAUAUCUACCCAGUUCAAAAUUGAAGUGGAUGAAGGAUUCUGUAGCCCAAAGCAUUGUGAAGUCAAGGAUUUUUCCUAUGUAUUCAAACCAGAAACCUGUCAAGUAAUGGUGGGGUGUACCAUGUUUGCUCCUUUGAAAACCCUACCUAGCCAGUGCUUGCCACCCAUUAAGUUGCCAGAUGAGUGCAUUUACCGUCCAAGUUGGACUGUUGGAAAAUUGGACCUGCUUCCACCUGUACCCACAAUGCCUUUCAUCAAAGAUGGGAAUAUCUCUAGUGUCAGCAGUGCAAUUGACCAAGAAUACGUUCAGACCUACACACCGCAAACCCAUACACCAUUUGGAAUGUCUAAUAGUGCCCCACCAAGCAAUGGCGGAGCAGGCAUUCUUCCUUCCCCUGCCACACCUCGCUUUUCUGCUCCCACUCCGCGAACGCCAAGAACUCCUCGCACCCCAAGAGCAGGUCCAGCCAGUGCUCAAGGGUCUGUCAAAUAUGAGAACUCUGAUUUAUACUCUCCGGCCUCCACACCUUCAACAUGCAGACACCUAAAUUCAGUAGAACCAGCAACUGUUCCAUCGAUACCAGAGGCACACAGCCUCUACGUCAACCUUAUCCUUUCAGAAUCUGUAAUGAAUCUUUUUAAGGAUUGCAAUUUUGACAGCUGCUGCAUUUGUGUGUGCAACAUGAACAUCAAAGGUGCAGAUGUUGGCGUGUAUAUUCCUGAUCCCACCCAAGAAGUUCAGUACCGCUGCACAUGUGGCUUUAGUGCAGUGAUGAAUCGGAAGUUUGGCAACAACUCUGGCUUGUUUUUGGAGGAUGAGUUGGAUAUAAUUGGCAGACAUACAGAAUGCUCCAAGGAAGUGGAAAAACGAUUUGACGCCCUUAGAGCUGCAGGAUCUGAUCAUAGGGUGCUAAAGGAUGCUGAAAAAAUGCCGGAUGAAUUAAUACUACUUCUACAUGAUCAGUGUACUAAUCUGUUCUCACCGUUUGGCAUUAUGGAUGAAGAGCCAGCAACAAAAACCAGCAUUGUGAACUACGCAGCUCGUGUUGAAGAGCAAGACUGCUGUAAUGAUUGCUACUUGGCACUGGAGCACGGCCGACAGUUUAUGGAUAACAUGUCUGGAGGCAAAGUGGAUGAAGCACUUGUUAGAAGUUCUUGCUUACAUCGCUGGUCUAAACGAAAUGCAGUGGACUCGAGCAGGCAAUGUUCCCAGGACAUCCUUCGGAUGCUUCUUUCUUUGCAACCUGUUUUGCAAGAUGCCGUUCAAAAGAAGCGAACUGUACGAUCGUGGGGUGUGCAGGGGCCCCUGACCUGGCAGCAGUUUCACAAAAUGGCUGGCCGUGGCUCGUAUGGAACAGAUGAAUCCCCAGAACCACUGCCAAUCCCCACGUUUCUGGUUGGAUAUGAUUAUGACUUUUUGGUGCUGUCUCCCUUUGCUUUGCCUUACUGGGAAAGGCUGAUGCUUGAACCUUAUGGGUCUCAGCGAGACAUUGCAUAUGUAGUGGUUUGCCCAGAAAAUGAGGCUCUUCUAAAUGGAGCGAAGAGUUUCUUUCGGGAUCUCACUGCAAUGUACGAGUCUUGCAGACUUGGUCAGCAUCGAGCAAUUUCCAAACAGCUAACAGAUGGCAUCAUGCGCGUUGGGUCCACUGCAGCAAAAAAGGUUUCUGAGAAGUCUGUUGCAGAGUGGUUUUCUCAGGCAGCUAGUGGCGGCAAUGAAGCCUUUUCCAAAUUGCGAUUAUAUGCACAAGUGUGCAGAUAUGAGCUAGGGCCAUAUCUUGCUUCCCAACCACUGGAUAGUUCUUUACUCUGUCAGCCGAACCUUGCACCUCCUGUUAGUCAGGCUGCUUCCACUCAGCCUCUCUCUACAAGCAACACUGGAAACCCCAGCACUCCUUCAUCCAUAACCCCAGCUCCACCAACGAACCCAUCUACAACUCCAAGCAGCUCUCUGCCCUCUACAACCGCACCAGGCCUUUCUGCUUCUGCAAAUGGGACAAGCUCCUUACAAGGAAACAAAACUACCAGCUUUCCUCCCUAUGGGAGCAUGAACAACUCUAGUAGUGCUGUCCCAACACAAGUCACAUCUGUCCAGAACAAUCAGCCAGGGCAGCAGCAGAACCUGCAGCAAGGCACUGCACUGUCAAGUGAGCAGCAGGCGGCAGCUGCAGCAGCCUCUGAGGUUACUGAAAGUACCAUGGAUCGAGAUAAGGUUGGAGUUCCAACUGAUGGGGAUUCUCACGCCAUCACUUACCCACCAGCUAUUGUGGUUUAUAUUGUCGACCCAUUUACUUACGAAAAUAAAGAUGAAGGCUCAAAUUCCUCUAGUGUGUGGUCCUUGGGGCUUCUCCGCUGUUUCUUGGAAAUGUUGCAUGUUCUUCCACCACACAUCAGAAAUACAGUUUCUGUACAGAUUGUUCCAUGCCAGUACCUUCUUCAACCGGUGAGACAUGAGGAUCGGCAGAUUUACACUCAGCAUCUGAAAUCCCUGGCUUUCUCCGUGUUUACCCAGUGCAGAAGACCGCUUCCAUGCACCACAAAUGUGAAAACUUUAACUGGAUUUGGGCCUGGAUUAGCCAUUGAAAAUGCUUUGAAAAGUCCAGAAAGGCCAGAAUGUGUUAAACUAUACACACCACCGUUUGUGCUGGCUCCGGUCAAAGACAAGCAGACAGAGCUUGGUGAAACCUUUGGAGAAGCUGGUCAAAAGUACAAUGUUCUCUUCCUUGGUUACUGCUUAUCUCAUGAUCAAAAGUGGCUUCUAGCUUCUUGCACAGAUCUCUAUGGAGAGCUCUUGGAAACCUGCAUCAUUAAUAUAGAUGUGCCAAACAGAGCUCGGCGGAAAAAAGGCUCCGCUCGCCGCAGUGGUCUUCAGAAGCUAUGGGAAUGGUGCCAAGGACUUGUGCAGAUGAGUUCUUUACCAUGGAGAGUUGUAAUUGGCCGUCUAGGAAGGAUAGGGCAUGGAGAGUUGAAAGAUUGGAGUAGUUUGUUGAGUCGGCGCAAUUUGCAGUCACUGAGCAAGAGAUUGAAGGAUACAUGUCGAAUGUGUGGCAUAUCAGCAGCGGAUUCUCCCAGCAUACUUAGUGCUUGUUUGGUAGCUAUGGAGCCACAGGGUUCAUUUGUGAUAAUGCCAGAUUCGGUGUCAACCGGUUCAGUGUUUGGACGUAGCACUACAUUAACCAUGCAAACUUCACAACUAAACACGCCGCAAGAUACAUCCUGCACUCACAUUCUGGUUUUCCCUACAUCAGCAUUUGUGCAAGUGGCAUCUGUGAAUAACACCAAUGAAAACAUUUUCAGUACAAACAAUGAUGGAUCAGAUGGCAUGAUUUUUGAUGUGCUUGAUACACCGGAAGACUUGGAUCCAGAUCUUAUAAAUAUUUUUCCUGCAUCACCCAGUGGAUCUCCAGGCCAUUCACCCGGCUCUCAUUACCCCCAUGGAGGUGAUGUUGGCAAGGGUCAAGGAACUGAUCGACUACUAUCUACAGAAUCUCAUGAUGAAGUGCCGAACAUCUUACAACAACCCUUGGCACUGGGUUACUUUGUUUCAACUGCCAAAGCUGGUCCAUUACCUGACUGGUUUUGGUCAGGAUGUCCUCAAGCACAAAAUCAGUGCCCACUGUUUCUUAAGGCCUCUCUGCACCUUCAUGUGCCUUCAGUGCAAUCAGAUGAGUUGCUGCACAGCAAACACUCGCACCCACUGGAUUCCAAUCAGACUUCAGAUGUCCUCAGGUUUGUUUUGGAACAGUACAAUGCCCUCUCCUGGCUAACCUGUGAUCCUGCAACUCAAGACAGGCGUUCAUGUCUGCCGGUUCAUUUUGUGGUGCUGAACCAGUUGUAUAACUUUAUCAUGAAUUUGCUGUGAUAUUUAUCAGGAACGCUGCAAGGAACAAGAAGAUUUUAAUUGCAUUGCAGGAUUUGGAAAUUGUUUUUCAUUUUGUGAAGCCAGUUGUUGGCAACCUUUCCACCAGUCUGCAUUUCCAACCUUGCUGUGUUUUACUAGAAUGGACACUUUGGAUUUUUGCUUUGAAGCCAGUCCUGUUUUAGAAGUCAGUCUCAUUGAACACUGCUCAUCAUCUCCAGUCUCAGUAUUUGCUCGAAGAUCUUCUCCACACGCUGGCAUCAAGGGAUUGGAGAAAGCUCGGGGAUGCCCUAGUCUAAAACUGAGGCGUUUCAGCUAUGAGUUUCUAAACAUCGUAAAGAUGUUGUGUGGAUUCUAAAACCUAAUAUCAAUAUACAGAAAAUGCCUGCAUCUCUUAUUUAUUGUAAGUUUUUAAAUGUGUAAAUUGUCUUAUAUUUCUUAACCUCUUUUAUAAAGAAAACAACUUUUUUCCUAGAAGGUUUAUACCGCCUUCUUGCUUUAAAGCAAUUGGUUUGAACUCUAUGUACUCGUCUUAAUUAAAAGUUGCAGUAGGUUGCUUUUAGAGUAUUAUUUUUUGUAAGUGGGUGGGAGGCAUUAAAAUUUGUAUUGUUUUAUGUACAGUUGAAGGGUAGGGGGGUAAUAGGGUAAUGUCCAUACCAUUGUGUGUGGGGGAUUUACAGCUAAGCUGUAGCAACAGAGUACAUGUACAGAAAUUAUCUACACUGUGUUUAUGAAUUAGUAAAAAAAAGGUACCGGGUCUAUUAUUAUUAUUAUUACUAUUAUUAUUAUUUUUGUUUUUUUAUAAUUGCACCGAAGCAAUCCUAAUGGCAAUAUAUAAUUGACUAUUGUAGGUGGAUUAACAAGUGCUCAGCUUUUUUCUUUUUUUUUUACUGCUUUUGUUAGAUUUGUUGCUACAAAGAGCAUUACUUUAUAUUUAUAAGAGCUUCUUUAUCCCCCUCCCCCAAAUUAUAGAGUUUUUCUUUCCUUUUCCCCCCCAUUUGUGAUGGCUGGUUAACAUUGAAUGCAAUUGGGUAAAAUUGAUGACCGUGUCAUUAAACCUGUUAAACCUAGCAGUCACUAUGGGGUUCUACAUGUGGUGUUAUGGUGCAGUGUAUAUAGACUCACACUGGUUGGUUGAUAAGAUUUCUAAUUUUCUUUUCUCAGAUCUUGAUCAUUUGAAAUGUGUAUUAUCUUGAAAACUUCUAUUCACACAGUACCUGGAAAGAAUUGAAUUGUAUUCAGAGAAACCUCACUUUUUUAAGUUUGUAAAUACAGAGUAUUUACCGUUAAAGCUCAUAUAGUUACAUGGAGGAAUCCAGUAUGCAUUUUGCGUAUGUGUGUGUAUAUAUAUACAUAGAUAUAUAUAUAUAUAUAUAUAAAUAUAAAUAAAUAUUUAAGAAGAGAUGAAUUUUGUUUAACACUUGGUGACAAAAGCUUUCAGACAUUCUUUCAAAACCGUGCAAUCAAAAAGUAUUUUACUUCAGAAAUCUCUAUUUUUAUUUUGUUGGUUUCCUAAAGGUAAUUUGAAUGCCUCAGGAAAUAAGUUGGCAUUUCUCUUACUUGGUUAAGAUUUCUGUGGGAUAAAGAUGUUUUCUGAUGUGUUGGAAAUUUUCAAUCUGUAAUUAAAUCAGUCAUAUUUUUAUU